UCCAAUUUUCCAGUUUCAGAAAAUGAAUUUCUUCAAGCGAAAAUUCUCGUUUUCCGAGGAUGAGGGUGAGCCAAUGGAUGACGUGAACUCGGGACCGCCGAGCUCUUUUUCAUUUCAGUCGAUUGCUAAUAAGGUGUCUAAUACGAUAAGUGCUCCAACGUCACCUGCCAAGUCUCGGGAAUCACUUGCCGCUGCACUGGAGAGGUCACUCAAUCAUGAUAGAAGCCGUGGUGAGCCACUAAUGAAGGAUGCCAAGGUGCUUCUCGUCAUCGACUCACACCACGUGGAUUGGUCAAAAUAUUUCCGCAAUCACACAGAAUAUGCAAUCCGCGUGGAGCAAGGAGACAUCGACGAGCUUGACGUAAUGUGCACCGAGAAAAACUGCACAGUCGAGCUGAACACACCGGGAAAAGACGUCCGAACGUUCACCCCAUCCGCAGUUUUUCUGGGAGCCGGAGCAACUCGAUGUGCUCAGUUGAAGACAAUCACUCGAGCAUUUAUAGCUGCUCAUAUUCCAUUUCUGAACUCCCAUACCUCUGCGGUAGCGUUUUUGGAUCGGAAUAAUCUGAAGAAGCAGUUGAAAAAGAUUACAUUGUCUGAUGGUGCAUCGAUCCCAAUGCUUCCUAUUGUUCAUUAUCCGCAUUUUCAUAAAUUUCACCAAAGCCAAUCGUCGACUUACCCGAUGGUUGUCUCAGUGAACGAGGGAUUCCAGGGAAUCGGAAAAAUCAAAGUGAACAAUCACGAGGAGCUGUGCGACGUCGAGGGAAUGCUCCAAAUUAUGAGCAAAGGCGAUACCGAGGUGGAAGUGCAACCGUUCGUCGACGCCAAGUACGACCUUCACAUCCAAAAAAUAGGCCACGAGUACAAAACCUUCAUUCGCCGUGGAAUCUGCAAACACUGGAAGAGCAACGUUGGCUCCAGCGUUUUGGAGCAAAUUUCCACGUGUGAGAGGCACAAAAAGUACCUGAAAGCCAUCACGGAUCACGUGGGACCAAUGCAUAUAUGCUCCAUUGACAUUCUCGUUUCGAAGGAGGGACGGGAGUUUGUGCAUGACGUUAAUGAUGUUAUAGCAUACUUCGGGGAAUCCGCCGAAGAUGAUCGCCGGGCAGCAAGUCUACUGCUCAGAGCUCUAGUGGCUCCAAGGAUCACAUCACCAAUAGCCGCUGAGCCUCCUGCAACUUCGCCAACUACCUCAGCAGUAACUAAUGGUCAUGGAAAUCAUGGACCCGCUCCCGCAGUGCCAACUCGCCGUCUCCCACCACACCCUUCAAGCUCUUCAGCUGCUCCGCCACGUGGCCACAUGUCGGACAAAGUAGAGUCGCGUCACAAGGAUCAUUACGAUCCACCACCACAAAUUCCACGUACAGGAUCCCGGGAAUCUGUGUCAUAUGUGGAUGACACGAUGGGACAGUUGAAGCGCACUUUUGCCGGAUUUUUUGGAGAAUAAUUUUAUUUUUUUUGUUGUAUGAAAUACUGAAAAUUUGAAAAAUGUCUGAAAAUUGCCUGAUCUCGUAUUUGCGGUUCUGAUAAUUUAUUUUAUUUUUGUUUUGGUAGUAGAUAAGAAUAAUAAAGCUAUUAAAUUAAUUUUUAAAA